AUGGGAGAUUAUGAUAGCUGCACCACAUCUAACCAAAACAACAUCUGGACACAAGGUCCUGCGAGGAUCCUUCUUAACUCGACUGGCCAACACUACUUCAUCUGCACCAUCAGUAAGCACUGUAAUGAAGGACAGAAAUUAGCCAUCAAUGUCACUAAUGAUUCUGAUGCCGAUACUCCAUCUGGUUCCCCGCCUAAGACUACCACUCCGCCUAUGACUACUACUCCACCUAUGACUAUUACUCCAGGCAACUCUGCUUCACACACCACUACUACCAGUUUCGCCCUGGCUAUGUUGUUCAUUUCCAACUUUUUCUUGCAUUAG